AUGGCGACGUUCAAGUACCGGAGAAGGGAAAGGCUGGUGGAAGGCACGGAGUGCUCGGUGUGUUUAAGUGAGUUUGUGGAAGAGGAGAGGCUUAAGCUUCUCCCCAAAUGUAGUCACGCAUUUCACGUGACAUGCAUCGACACGUGGCUCAAAUGCCACUCCAACUGCCCGCUUUGCCGAGCCAAUGUGGCGGGCCCGGCCUCAUCGCCUCCUCCCCCUCCUUCUCUGCCUUCGCUAUCGCCAAAGGUGCGGGGAAUGUGGAGUUGGCACUGGAGAUCAACGAGAGGGCGCGAAAACGGAUGGAAGGGUUAG